GUUAACGUACCAAAGAAUACAUGGUUGCGCGAUAAUACCACAUACAUCAUUACAGUAAUAUUUUUAGCGCGAAACUUACGUUCCAUCAGUUAAUGGAAUCUUAAGAAUCCAUAUUUCAAAAACGUAAUCGACUCAAUUACUCAUUUAUUAAAAUGUGUUCAGUUUUAUCCUGAAAAAAUUGAUUACAAUUCAACUAUUCUGUUCUUACAAUUGAAUAAAAUAUAAAAACAGGUUUAACAAAAAAUUAAAAUGAAAGGCCAUCAUAAUUUCUUUUUAAGUGUGCGUAAUUACAAAAUUCUCAUAUUUCUAACUGUCUUAGUGGGUUUGUGUUUGAUUUAUUUUCAAAACAGUGGCGUUUAUCAUAACAAAUACCUUCCGUUACCACGAGAGGCAAUGGAAAAAGUGAGUUACAGCCUUCAGUUGCACAAAUAUAUUAUCGAUCAGUACUACGAUUAUCGAAAGGAUCUGAAAACAUCUAACCUAGGAUCCAUUCUCUUCAAAAGGAAUGACAAGAAUACAUUAUUAGUUGAAAAAAAUAGAAAAUUUACGGUACUAAUAUGGAGACAUUGGGAAUGGCUGAAAUAUCGCCACAUUUUUCGCUAUAGUUCAACACCGCAUAAUCCACUGGAGGAUUGUAGUGUUAAUAAUUGUGAAUUCACCGGAAACAACCGACUGUUAGACAAGGUCGACGCUGUGGUUGUUCAUCUGCAAAAAGGAGUUCUCCCGAACAUCUAUAAUAGAACAAGAACGCAGCGCUGGAUAUUUUUAACCGACGAAUCUCCAAUACAUCUCUUUGGAAAUGAAAAAAACAGACCAAACUUAUCGGACUUGGUUAAUGUCUUCAAUUGGUCUAUGACCUAUAGAACUGAUGCCGACAUUCCUGUUCCAUAUGGUCGAACAAUACCUCUUGAAGCUCCAAUAUUUACCGAAACAACAAAUACGAAUAUUACUAAACUAAUACCUAAUUGGAAAAAUAAAAGGCGAGAUGUGUUGGCCUCGAUUCUGAUGUCUAACUGCGGUGUACCGUAUCGAAUGAAGUAUUUAAAUAAGUUGAAAAAACACAUGAAAAUUGAUAUUCAUGGAAAAUGCUCGGAUUCACAUCUUGUUAACAGCUGCCCUGGUCAUUUCCGAGCAGAUUGCAAGAUAAUAUCAAACUACCUCUUUUACUUCGUAUUAGAAAACUCCCUUUGUAAGGAAUAUAUAACCGAGAAGUUGUUUCACCAAGCGUAUGCAAAAGGGGCCAUACCAAUAAUCCAAGGUCCGCCUUUAGAAGAUUGUAAGAGACUUUUGCCGCCGAAUUCCUUUUUGCAUCUCGACGAAUACCGGUCACCCAAAAAACUAGCUAAUGAAAUAAGAAAUAUUACUAGCAAUGAAGAUAAUUUGCUAUCUUAUCAUUUAUGGCGAAAUCAUUUUCAAGUCAUCAACGAACACGGAUACUUUGGUACAAAAUCAUACCAUUAUUGUAGGAUCUGUGAAGCACUGAAUUAUAAUGAUGAAACGGAGUCAGUGUAUGAUAGUGUUAGAAUUAAUAAUUUUAUGGACGCAAGUAAAUCGUGUACCAGGAAAUGAAAAAAGUCGGUAAGAAAACCGAGAGAAGAAAACAUAAGUGUUCGCCCAAUGAGUGAAACUUGACAAUAAUCAUCAAAUCCUCAAUAGAUAUUAGAUUAAUUUUAUAUACCUAUAAUGCAUUUUUAUUAUAUACUAGAGGUCCCGCAGUAGUCGAAAUUCGACUACAAUUAAUUGGAAUUGUAAGUUUGUACACUAUUAUGAUUGUAUUUUAUACUUCUAUAAUCACAAAUUUCGCCAAGACUACAUUAUAAAAAAUAUUAACAAAGACAAACAAUAUUUAA